AUGAAGCUGGGAUUCACCUGUGCUCUGUUCUCUCUCCUGGCAGGGCACUGCUGGGCAGACACACGCGCCAUCGGGGCCCAGGAAUGUCGCCCCAACUCGCAGCCUUGGCAGGCUGGCCUCUUCUACCUCACCCGGCUCUUCUGCGGGGCGACCCUCAUCAAUGACCGCUGGCUGCUCACAGCUGCCCACUGCCGCAAGCCGUAUCUGUGGGUCCGCCUUGGAGAGCACCACCUCUGGAAAUGGGAGGGUCCAGAGCAGCUGUUCCGGGCCACAGACUUCUUCCCCCACCCUGGGUUCAACAGUGACCUCAGCGCCAAUGACCACAAUGAUGACAUCAUGCUAAUCCGUCUGCCUAGUCGGGCACAGCUGAGUCGUGCUGUGCAGCCCCUCAAUCUUAGCCAGAACUGCGUCUCCCCAGGCACGCAGUGCCUCAUCUCAGGCUGGGGUGCCGUGUCCAGCCCCAAGGCGCUGUAUCCAGUGACGCUGCAAUGUGCCAACAUCAGCAUCCUGGAGAACAAACUCUGUCACUGGGCAUAUCCAGGCCACAUCUCGGACAGCAUGCUCUGCGCAGGCCUGUGGGAGGGUGGCCGAGGUUCCUGCCAGGGUGACUCUGGGGGCCCCCUGGUUUGCAACGGAACCCUGGCGGGCGUGGUGUCUGGGGGUUCCGAGCCCUGCUCCAGACCCCGGCGCCCCGCGGUCUAUACCAGCGUGUGCCACUACGUGGACUGGAUCCGAAAAACCAUGGAAGAAAACUGAGCCUUCAAGCCUCAGACGACCAAGAGAGGA